AGUUCCCGCUAUCUUUUGGUUCUUCAAUCCUUCAAUAUAUUCCCCGCACACACCUCACCACACUUCAAAACAUCCUUAGUCCAAUUAAGCUUCCUUAUCUUCCUACCAAUUAAUUAAUUGCUCAGUUCCUUUCAAUUAUGGACAUUCCUUCCAGCUGGGUCUCAUCUGCUGCCGCCUGGCUAGCAACCCUUGCCCUCAUCCUCCUCUCCCGCCGCUUCCGCCGCUGUUGGCAGCUCAACUUGCCUCCCGGGCCGAAGCCUUGGCCCAUCAUCGGGAACCUCAACCUCAUCAGCCUGCUGCCCCACCGCUCCAUCCAUGAGCUCUCCAAGAAGUACGGCUCCUUAAUGAGCCUCCAGUUUGGAUCCUACCCUGUGAUCGUGGGCUCAUCCAUGGAGAUGGCACGUGCGAUCCUCAAGACUCACGACGUGACCUUUGCGGGUAGGCCCAAGUUUAACGCGGGCAAGUACACCACCUACAACUACUCCGACAUCACCUGGUCUCAAUACGGUCCAUAUUGGCGCCAAGCGCGCAAGAUGUGCAUAAUAGAGCUCUUCAGCGCAAAGCGCCUUGAGUCUUAUGAGUACAUCCGGGGAGAAGAGAUGAAGGCCUUCCUCCACGACCUCUACGACUUGAGGGAGAGCCCGAUCACCCUAAAGGAUCACUUGUCUGAUCUCAGCCUCAACGUGAUCAGCCGGAUGGUUUUGGGGAAGAGAUACACCCAAAAGACUAAGGGGUCGAUCGUGACUCCGGAGGAGUUCAAGAAGAUGCUCGACGAGCUGUUUUUCCUCAAUGGGGCGCUCACCAUCGGGGACUCAAUCCCGUGGUUCAACUUCUUGGACUUGGAAGGGUACGUAAAGAGGAUGAAGACGUUGAGCAAGAAGUUCGACAAGUUCUUGGAGCAUGUUUUGGAUGAGCACGACGAGAGGAGGAGAGGCGUCAAGGGCUACGUCGCCAAGGACAUGGUGGAUGUGCUGCUUCAGCUUGCGGAUGACCCCAACCUCGAAGUGAAGCUCGAGAGGCAUGGAGUUAAAGCCUUUACUCAGGACUUGAUAGCCGGUGGGACAGAGAGCUCGGCUGUCACCGUGGAGUGGGCGAUCUCGGAAUUACUAAGGAAGCCAGAGGUAUUCAAAAGGGCUACCGAAGAACUGGACAGGGUGAUCGGAAGAGAGAGGUGGGUCGAAGAGAAGGACAUUGUGAACUUGCCCUACAUUGAUGCCAUCUGCAAAGAGACCAUGAGGCUCCACCCCGUGGCUCCGAUGCUCGUACCUAGGCAGUGCCGGGAGGAUUGCAAGAUUGGCGACUACGACAUCCCUAAGGGCACCAGGGUCCUGGUGAGCGUGUGGUCUAUCGGACGGGACCCUGAGAUAUGGGGCGACCCUGAUGAGUUCAGGCCCGGGAGGUUCCUUGGGAAGGCGAUCGAUGUGAAAGGGCAGGAUUUCGAGCUGUUGCCAUUCGGGUCAGGCCGGCGUAUGUGCCCUGGCUACACCCUUGGGCUGAAGGUGAUCCAGGCAAGCCUAGCUAAUCUCCUGCAUGGGUUCGACUGGAAGCUGCCUGGAGAGACGAGGCCCGAGGAUCUGGAUAUGGAGGAGAUCUUUGGACUCUCAACUCCUAGGAAGGUCCCUCUUGUCACCGUUCCUAAGCCUAGGCUGCCUCCUCAUCUAUACUUUAUGAAUUAACUAAUCUCGCUCUAUGUAUUAAACAAGCUUGGGACGGUUAUAGGAUCGACGUUCCUCGUCCUUUUGAUAUCGGUUUCGAGCCGUUAUUUUAGAUUGUAACUGGUCUGUCUUAGGUUUUGUCAUCCACUACGUAAGAUUAAGAGAAAAUGCUGGCUUUGCUACAUAUGCAAUUGAUCCUUGUUUUUCCUUUA